UUUCACAUCAAAUAAUAAUCGUGUCGAGUCGAGUCGAAACAAAUGCGUCUUUCGCCGAGUGGAGGAGAAGAUGCGGAGAGCCACAGAAUGGCAGCCGGAGGGGUCGAAUAACACAGCGGCUAUCGACGGUUGGAGGUUUGUAGCAUAGCUAGCUAAUGCGGAGCUGACUGCUGGUUUUCACGCCGACCUGAGUUCACUUCAGGAAACUCGGAGCAGCGACACAUCACCCCGAGCUGGUGUAUUUGUAAAGAGCACAUGGCCCUUAUUCUGCUGACCGACAUGGACCCUCUUUCUUCCAAUCCACCAACACCCGACGGCAUCUCCCGCUCAGAACCAGACCUAUCCGCUGACCACGACCCUAAGCAGGAAAUAAAGGAAGUUACUUUAACUGUCCACCUUUAUCACCGGGGAAAGAUUGAAGGAGGAGGCAGCUGUUCAGAAGACAACCUCACAUUUCCAUCUGGAGAAUAUGUAGCAGAGGAACUGUGCAUCACUGCUGCCAAAGCUUGUGGGAUUAGUCCAGUGUACUACAGCUUGUUUUGCCUGAUGAGGGAAAAUGACCGAAUAUGUUUUCCUCCUAAUCACAUCUUUAAACUGCCGGACUCAGACAGUGAAAACCUGCACUUCAGAAUCAGAUACUAUUUUCCAGGCUGGUACAACAGCAGUAACUCAUUCUACGCUCAUCGUUAUGGUUUGUCCAAAGAGAUGGAAAGCCCAGUAAUGGAUGAUUGUGUCAUGACCUACCUGUUUGCUCAGUGGCGCAGUGACUUUUUGAACGGCUGGGUUCAUCUUCCGGUCAGCCAUGAAGCUCAGGAGGAGUGUCUGGGUUUGGCCGUUCUCGACAUGAUGAGGCUCGCUAAAGAGAGUGGUCAGUCGCCAGUGGACAUCUACAAUGAAAACAGCUACAAGUCCUUCCUGCCCAGAUGCAUGCGGAACCGCAUCCAAGAGUACAACCUGCUGACCCGGAAGAGAAUCCGCUACCGCUUCCGACGGUUCAUCCAGCAGUUCAGUGAGUGCAAGGCCACUGUUUGCAACCUGAAGCUCAAAUACCUGAUGAGCCUGGAGUUGCUGCUGCCCUCUCUGUACUCUGAGCGCUUCCGAGUGACUGACCUAUCCUCACGAGAGGUUACCAUCGUGGUGAAGGGCAACGAGGGCAUCCAUUGGUCUAAAGGGAAAGGCGAGGAGGGAGCAGAGGAGGAUCUGGAAGUAUAUUGUGACUUCCCAGAGGUGAUUGACAUCAGCAUCAAACAGGGCAACAAGGAAGGCUCAGCAGAAAGUCGCAUUGUUUCCCUCACCAGACAGGACAACCAGAUCUUGGAGCUGGAGUUCCAUUCGCUGUCCGAGGCCCUGUCCUUUGUGUCUUUGGUCGAUGGAUAUUACCGACUGGUCACCGAUGCCCAUCAUUACCUGUGUAAAGAAGUAGCUCCGCCACGACUUCUCGAGUGCAUUCAGAGUUACUGCCAUGGCCCUUUAUCGAUGGAGUUUACAAUUAGUAAGCUGCGUCGUUCAGGUAACUACCAAGGCCUCUACAUCCUGCGCUGCAGCCCCAGAGACUAUGACAAAUUCUUCAUGUCCUUUGUUGUCGGGUAUGAAAGCAUGGUGGACUAUAAGCACUGUCAGAUUUUGAAGACAGAGUCGGGAAAGUUCAUUCUGAGCGGUGCCAAAAGAAGCUUCGGUUCUCUGAAAGAACUCAUGAAUUGCUACCAAAACGAGGCGCUCCGCACUGAUGGGUACACAUUCCAGUUGACCCGGUGCUGUCCACCCAGCCAGAAAGAUAAAUCCAACCUGCUGGUGUGCAGAAAUAACCAAGGCGCAGAAGUUGCUCUGUCUCCAUCACUCCACAAACACAUCAGCCAGAUGGUUUUCCACAAAAUCCGCAAGGAGGAUCUCAUCUUUAAUGAAAGCCUGGGCCAAGGAACAUUUACGAAGCUUUUUCGCGGUGUGAGGAAGGAGGUGGGUAAUUAUGGGGAGGUUCAUCAGAUGGACGUCGCGGUCAAGAUUCUGGACAAGGCUCAUCGUAGUUUCUCAGAGUCCUUCUUUGAGGCAGCAAGCAUGAUGAGCCAGCUGUCCCACAAGCACUUACUGCUCAAUUAUGGCGUGUGUGUUUGUGGCGACGAAAACAUGAUGGUGCAGGAAUAUGGGAAAUUUGGCUCACUGGAUAUCUAUCUGAAAAAGAAGAAAAACUGUGUGAACAUCACCUGGAAGCUAGAAGUGGCUAAACAGUUGGCCUGGGCUAUGCACUACCUGGAGGAUAAAAACGUCGUUCAUGGGAAUGUUUGUGCCAAAAAUGUUCUCCUGAUCAGAGAGGAGGACCGGAAGACGGGCAGUCUGCCUUUCAUCAAGCUCAGUGACCCUGGCAUCAGCGUCAACGUGCUGCCCAGAGAAGUUCUGGUGGAGCGUAUCCCGUGGGUGCCCCCUGAGUGCAUCGAAAACCCCCAGAAUCUGAGUUUAGCUACAGAUAAGUGGGGCUUCGGAACGACGCUUUGGGAGAUCUGCAGCGGGGGAGAAAAACCACUCAGCUCGCUGGACUCCUCAAAGAAGAACCUGUUCUAUGAGGACAGGCACCAGCUUUCAGCUCCAAAGUGGAUCGAAUUAGCCAACCUCAUAAACAGCUGCAUGGACUACGAGCCUUUACACCGACCCUCUUUCAGGGCGAUCAUCAGAGACCUCAACAGUCUUUUCACUCCAGAUUAUGAGCUGCUGGUGGAGAGCGACAUGGUGCCCAACAGGACACGAGGCUUUGGCUUCCCAUGGGCCUCAGCAAGCAAGGAGCCUGCCCAGUUUGAGGAGAGACACUUGAUCUUCCUCAAGCAGCUGGGCAAAGGAAACUUUGGAAGCGUGGAGAUGUGCAGGUACGACCCCCUGCAGGACAGCACAGGGGAUGUGGUGGCUGUGAAGAAACUGCAGCACAGCACAGCUGAGCACCUUCGGGACUUUGAGCGGGAAAUUGAAAUUCUCAAAUCACUUCACCAUGAGAACAUUGUUAAAUACAAAGGAGUGUGCUACAGUGCAGGUAGAAGAAACCUUCGUCUCAUCAUGGAGUAUCUCCCCUUCGGCAGCUUGAGAGAUUAUCUCAUCAAACACAAGGACCACAUCGAUUCCAAGAAACUGCUGCACUAUGCAUCGCAGAUAUGCAAGGGCAUGGAGUACCUUGGCAGUAAGCGUUACAUUCACAGAGACCUGGCCACCAGGAACAUUCUGGUGGAGAGCGAGAUGCGGGUGAAGAUCGGUGAUUUUGGCCUAACCAAGGUUCUGCCACAGGACAAAGAAUACUACACUGUCAGGGAGCCUGGGGAGAGCCCCAUCUUCUGGUAUGCUCCUGAGUCGCUGACGGAGAGCAAGUUCUCAGUAGCGUCAGAUGUUUGGAGUUUCGGUGUUGUCGUGUAUGAGCUCUUUACCUACAGUGACAAGAACUGCAGCCCACCAGCGGUUUUCAUGGAGAAGAUGGGAAACGAAAAGCAGGGCCAGAUGAUCGUCUACCAUUUGAUCGACCUGCUGAAGCAAGGAUACAGACUGCCUGUUCCUGAAAACUGCCUAAAAGAGAUUCACAAGAUCAUGGUGGAGUGCUGGAGCAGUGAUCCGAAACUGCGGCCUACCUUCAAGGCCUUAAUCCAGCGGGUGGAGACUGUGCGAGACAGCAAUGUCAGAUGAGACGGGCGCAGUGAAUACCUGAACUGUUAACCUGCUGGUGUUGACGUGCGCGAGCCGGUCGUCACACCAUGAGAAGACAUACCGCUUCACGGAGGAAAACAAAAUGACUGAAAUAACGAGUACACUACAACCAACUAAAGGAAAGAUGUUUCUGAAUACAAUCCAGGUUUUUUUUUUGCUUUUUACAUUCCAAACUGCAUCCCUACUGCACUUGAAAUCAUUGAGGAACAUUACAGCCAUGUGCCUCACCUCGACACUUUGCUUUAAUGUGAGACCAUCAAAUGAAAUUCUGUGCUUCUGUUACAAGUAGGGCUUUUCCAACAAAGAGGUUCCAGUUCUUAACCAGAGCCAGUCUUUGAGUGGUUAACUUUUGUUUUUCUCAUGCUAAUCUCACAUUUUAUUAUCGUUGGAGCAGGUGUUUUAAACAUGGCACUUGCAACGUUUUGACGGGCUGCUGUUCCCCAUGAGCUCAUGAGCAAAGCAGUUUUUCCGCUGGUCCAGCAGUGAGACAGAGCCAUGUUAACGUUGGAAAUCUGUAGCACCAAUGAAGCACUGGAACCAGUUUGGUGGAAAAUGCCCCAAGGCUAUCAUUAGACCUUUUCUGUUACAGUGAAGUUCUGUUGUACAUAGAUAAAGCGUCAAGCAAAAGUAUUUACACCCCACUGGUAGUUAAGCCUUUAUACAGAAUUUAAAUUAAUCACCGCUGGACUGGAUUACUAAUUAAGUGAGUUCUGAAGGCUUUUUUUUUUUUUUUUUGCACUGCAUUUUAUUUAAGGGUAUCAAAGUAAAUGGAGCUACAGUUACGCUCAAAAUGAUUCUAAGCGCUGGAAGAUUCGGGUGUAAAGUAUAAAAUGUUGCCAGCGUGUUUUUUUUAUCACUGUAAGUAAUAUUACCGUUUUGGAAAGGCCCUGCCAGAUUCCAGACUUGAAUCUGAUCGAGAAUCUGGGGAGGGAGCUAAAGAUUAGGGUGAUGGCACAGAGGCCUUCCAACCUUAGAGACUUGGAGCUCAUCACCAAAUACCAGUGGAAACAUCUGCAAAAAUCUGCCAGGGAUAUGAAUAAUUUGAGGCUUAACUGUACAUUUGUAAAUGCACGCCACACUUUUCAGAUUUUUAUAAACAAAAUAAUAAUAAAAACUAGUGUCCUUUUUUUUUUUUUUCAAUUUUGUGUUGAUCUACCACAUAGAAUCCCAAUGAAAUACACACUUUGCAAGAUUUUAUUAGCUGGUGAUAAAAUUAUGUUUUUACUACAAUCGUUUUAGGUCAAAGAUGUGAGAUUUAAAAUAAUUUUAAUUUUAAAUGUUUACAUCUUUUUAAUGCAGAAUUUAUUUUAACAACCAUGAAUAUCUGAGUACUUUCUGUAGCCUGCAUUGAAUGUGCAGUUACACUGUAACAACUCUGGAGGUUAUUAUUUUAAUUUGUAUUUUUUUUUUAUGCAUCAGACAUUAUAAAUGUUACAUGGCUUCAUUGUCUGCCUAUAGAAAGCUGAUAGUGAUUUAAAAGGAAAUCAUUGGAAGUUAUGGGUUUAUUUAAAAAUGUAAGUGAUCUUUGGUCAUUUAGAUAAAUGUGUAUAUUUGCAUUGCAUUACCAGUCAUAAGUGGUGAAAUGUUUUUUUUAUUUUUUUUAUUUAAAGUCACUAUUAUAUAAUUCAAAUAUAUAUAUUUGUCAGAAAUAUAUAUAUUUGACUAAAUGUGCUGGAUAUUGAUGACUGAAGGCUUGCAGUUUUUCAUAAACACCAAACACUUAUCCAUAUUGUUUUUGUACAUCCAGUGCCUUAUGUUAAAAAAUAUUAGACCAAAGGAGCAAAAUUCAUAAAAAAUGGUGAAAAAGUGGAAUUUCAAGUAAAAUGAAUGGCUUUGGUUAAGAUUAUGAUUACCUUCUGUAAAGCUGUGAAAUAGGGCAUCUUUGUUUCGCUUCUACAGGUUUUAUCAGUGGUGAAUUUAAGUUGUUUGUGCUGAAAUAUGUAAAUUUGUAAAAUGUGUGUGUUAUUUCAUGACCAAAGAUUUUUAUUUUUUUUUUUUAUAAAUACACACAUUUAAACUGCUGGCCUUAUUUCCACGUUUAUUUCCUGCAUUGAGUUUUGACCGAUAAAUGUAAAUGGCUGUAAACCUGUGAUGUAAGGUUGACGUGUUUUUACUCUUGAGCCACUAAAGAAAAGGUUUCUUUGUUAGGAUCGUAACAUCGGGAGGUGAUGGUUUUGUCUUAAGGUCAGAUGUUCGCUUUUGUUGGCAAAUAAAAUUCCGAUCUUUGCCAUUUUA